AUGGCGUAUGGAUCUACAUUACAUGUCAGUGGGUUUCCACGAGGUGUCAGAACUAGAGAUCUGGCUCCAGAUUUCGAAAGCAUUGGGAGAGUGGUGAGAAUUGAGAUGCCACCUGCGAGGUCAGAGUUUGCUAGACCAUUUGCUUUUGUAGAAUACGAAACGCCAGAAGAAGCGCAAGAUGCGCUGAAUCAAUUGAAUCAGAGGCCAUUAUCGUUUGAUUCUCAGAUUUCGCUUAGCGUCCAAUUCGCACGCUCAGAAGCACGACCAUCGCGGUAUUCAGAUCCUUCUGACCGUCGUUCAACUCGUGGCGGUCCACUUCGUCAGGAGCACGCACAUUCAAGAGGGGCUGGAGCUUAUGGGUCUGAAUUUGCACCCGAUGACGAUCGUUACGAUCGCAGAAGAUCUAGAGAUUCGUACGAAGACGACGAGUUCCAUGCAAGAGGUAGAUCAUACAACGAGGAUUCAACGCGAUCUCGUGGUACCUAUGGUCCCAGAUCGUACAGAGGUCACCGAGGUCUUGAUUACGCGGCCCCCAAGCGCGAACUGUCGCCCGCCAGAGUGCGUGCUGACGAUGGGCCAGCACCAUAUCAAGACGUGCUGCACAACAACGCGGCGGCUUUAAAAAAGCCCAGGUAUGAAGGGUCGCGCGAAAAACGAGAAGAACAGGAUGAAUACAUUCCUGAGGAGUCGAAAGACGUGGAUAUGACCAGUCAAACUGCUACUGAAGCGCCAAGUACCUUAGUUUCCAGUGAUGUGCCCACGGAAACCGUGGAACAAAAACAGCCCGUAGAAUCCACUUCGGGAGACGUUGGUUUUUCUACAGGCGAAACAGCGCCUAUCCCAGCACCUCCCGCGCCUCCAGUAUCAUCGGAGGCACCAUCUGCUCCACCGGCUCCUACUGAAACCAACCAAAUGAUGCCAUCUCCAGAAGUUUCCGCUGAUGCGGCUGUUGCUGCUGACCUCACCAGCGCAGCUUCGAAGGUAUCUCCAACUGAAAACCAGGCUUCCGUACCUGAGCAUACUGAAGCAAACGAGACCACACCUGCUGUUCAAACAGAAAACUCUCACGAGUCCACCAACGCCUCUGGGGAACUACCAGGAUCUCACUGA